AUGUCUGCAUCGUUGCAAACCGAGUUUUUGGGUCGAAGCUACGACAAUCCUUUUAUGAAUGCAUCUGGCGUUCACUGCAUGACCAUCAGUGACCUAGAAGAAAUGGCAAACAGCAGUGCUGGUUCUUUUAUAACUAAGAGUGCUACAUCGUUGGAAAGAGCAGGAAACCCUGAACCUCGUUACGUCUCUGUUCCCCUUGGUAGCAUUAAUUCGAUGGGACUCCCUAAUCGUGGGAUCGACUAUUACCUUGAUUAUGUUUUAAAGAGACAAACUGCGUUUCCCGACAAGAAUCCAGCCUUCUUUUCCGUUGCCGGCAUGAGUGUAGAAGAGAAUAUGCAACUACUAAAAAAAAUACAGGAAAGUGAUUUCCAGGGCGUUACUGAAUUGAACCUUUCAUGUCCUAACGUUCCGGGGAAACCUCAAGUUGCCUAUGACUUCGAGUUGACUGAAGAGAUAUUGACCAAGGUUUUCAAGUUCUUCAAAAAGCCAUUAGGUGUCAAGCUUCCCCCAUAUUUUGACAUUGCCCAUUUUGAUACCAUUGCAGAUGUAUUGAAUAAAUUCCCCUUAGCGUACGUCAAUUGCAUUAACAGUAUAGGGAAUGGACUUUACAUCGAUGUGGAACAAGAAUCUGUCGUAAUUAAACCAAAGAACGGAUUUGGAGGAAUUGGCGGAGAUUAUGUCAAACCUACAGCAUUAGCCAAUGUGCGCGCUUUCUAUACCCGUCUAAACCCAAGUAUUAAAAUUAUCGGAACUGGAGGUAUUAAAACGGGACAAGAUGCGUUCGAGCACCUACUCUGUGGUGCUAGCAUGCUACAGGUCGGAACUGAACUACACAAAGAAGGUGUAAAAAUCUUUGACAGGUUAAUCGCAGAAUUGCAACAAAUCAUGGCGAAGAAAGGAUAUACCAAAAUUGAAGAUUUCCGUGGUAAGUUACGCUCUAUUGAAUAA